UGCUUAUCUAACUAUCUUUGGAUCUACAUAGCAUCACGCGUUAGCCCGAAGGUAAGGCGCGAUUUGUUCGGUAGGGAUUCUAUGAAGUCUCUUCGGGGGUGUUAGUGGAUCAGAAUCAGGUUGGACAGGUUCAGAUAAUAAAUACUUAAUAAGCCUUGUUCCGUCAGGAACUUGCACGAUUGUUCAACUGUCUAGCUAGAUACCUAGGUACCUAGGUACUUAUUCAUUAUAUUGUCAACAUGGCGGAUAUAGCAGAUACGACGGCUCAAGGUCCUGAGAAUACUGAACAAAAACCUAUCAAAGUCAAAUGGUAUCGAUCAGUCUUUUACAAUGCCACAAUCCUUGGGCUCUGCAGCUUUGCAGCACCGGGGCUAUGGGGAGCGAUGAACUCUCUCGGGGCUGGUGGUUCCCAAUCGCCUUACCUCGUCAACACUGGGAAUGCACUCACGUUCUGCCUUAUGGUAGUAUCUUGCUGGUUGACUAGUAGUGCUGUCAAGUAUAUUGGAAUCACCGGUGCCCUAUUUAUCGGCACCAUCGGUUAUGCUCCGUACAGCGCCGGACUCUAUCUGAAUAACCGAUAUGGUGUCGAAUGGCUUGUUAUUGUCGGGGCUGCCUUCUGCGGCAUAUCAGCUGGAAUCUUCUGGGCGGCAGAAGCAGCAAUUGCCAUUUCCUAUCCCGAGCCGCGCAAUCGGGCGAGAAUGGUCGCCUACUGGUUAACGUGGACUCGAAUUGGUCAGAUCUUGGGAGGAGCCGUGAACUUAGGGCUCAAUAUAGAUCGUAAUCAGGCCGGGAAAGUCUCUUAUACGGUAUACAUUAUAUUCAUCGCCCUUCAGGCAAGUGGCACGCUGAUCGCUCUACUCCUUAAUAAACCAUCGAAGGUCCAACGUCGAGAUGGUACUCCUGUCCAACUUGUUAUCUACGACAACCCCUGGCAAGAGAUCAAAACCACGACAAGCACGUUUCUCACCAAGAAGUUUCUCUUGCUUGUUCUGUGGAUAGGCCAAGGGGUCUACUCGGAAUCCGUCUUUUUCACCUAUAACGCUCUGUGGUUUAGCGUGCGCGCAAGAGCUCUCGGGUCAUUCCUAUCCGGAAUUGUAGCAGUUAUAUGCGGAAACCUCCUCGGAUUGUGGCUAGACCAGCACCAGAUCUCUCUCAAGACAAGGUCCCGCCGCGCUUUCGCAGUCAUCAUGACGUUACAAGGUGCUUGGUGGUUGUGGCUCACGAUCAACGUUACUGAGUAUAACCGGACCCAGCCUAUCUUCGACUGGAACGAUCCCGGAUUUGGAAGGGCAUUCGGCGUUUUCGUCUUCCUCGUUUCUGGCUUCCAGCUUAACUAUAAUUUCUCAUACUUCAUUAUUAGUCAAAUAUCGUCCAGUCCGCAAGAAACGAUUCGUCUUUCGGCGUUGCUACGUGGAACAGAAUCGGCUUGGCAAGCCGUCAGCUACGGAUUAAAUGCAGUUCCUAUCAUCGCAGCCGUUGGCGGCCCUUACAUAAACUUUGGUUUAUGGGGUGUUUCCAUAAUACCGGCUUGGCUGGUGAUCAGAGAUUUUGGUACCGAAGGCGAUAAAUCCGACUUGGAGAGUCAUCUUGAGAUUCAGGCGGAAGAUCUACGAAAAGAUGAAGGUUCAAACUAAAUUCACUGAUAGUAUUCACUACCUAGGUGCUUAAGGUAGAUACUUCAGUCUAGUACUGCGGAUAGGGAUUUUCAGAAAUUUAGUGAUCGGAAAGUCAACAUUCUAUUAUGAUGGACUAGUUAUGUUUUAUAGUACCUAGUUAUGCUUGAGUCACAUGUU